AUGAGGAAAGCUAUUAUCUUGUUGCUCGGGUGUUUAACAGGUGCAUAUUGCUCGAAAGACUAUACCAAUCAAAGAGUGUGUAGGUUCCGCACCGGCGAUGUCGGUGAGGUAAGACGAAAAGUGGGAAAAUAUACCGAAGCACCGGUGGAUAUAUGGACGCGCAACCCUGAAUUUGUAGACGUGAGGGUCCCCGCUAGUUUGGUGGAUAGACUUGAGGGAUGUGAGGUGAUGAUAGAUGACCUUCAAGAGACCAUAGCUCAAACGUAUCCUGAUCCUGCAACACAGCCCUUCUUGCCCUUUAAUGACAAUUCACAGUCUCAGGUGCCUGAGGUACGACCUUUGGACCUCACUUCAUCGCUGAAAGCAACAAAUGACAUUUUUUUCAGCCAGUUCCGCGAUCUAGAGACCAUAUAUACGUGGCUAGACCUCAUGCAGCUCACCUUUCCUGACUUGGUCAAGAUAGAACUUGUGGGUCAGACUUUCGAAGGUAGGGACAUGAAGGCGCUUCACAUCAGUGCCCAAAAUCAAAAUUUGAACCCAGAUAAGAAAACCAUCAUAAUUACAGGCGGCGUCCAUGCCAGAGAAUGGAUUGGAGUGAGCACAGCUUGCUAUUUUAUCUCCCGACUACUAGCAGGCUACGGAGUUAACAAAAGGGAAACGCGCUAUUUGGACCGUUUAGAUUUCUUGAUUGUCCCGGUCUUCAACCCUGACGGAUAUGUCUACACGUGGAGCCAUGACCGUCUAUGGAGGAAAAACAGACAGCAAACUUUUUACCCCAGAUGCUUUGGUAUUGACAUUGACCAUUCUUUUGAUUUUCAAUGGACGGGAGCGCAAGAUUUCCCAUGCAGCGAGGAUUACAGUGGCGAGGCUCCUUUCGAGGCUCUAGAGUCCGAAUCUUGGAAUAACUACAUCAGCGAAGCUAAAAAGGAGUACACUGUUCAUGGAUAUUUGGAUCUUCAUUCGUACUCUCAAGAGGUGCUGUAUCCAUACGCAUACUCGUGCGACGCCCUCCCUAGGGACCUUGAAAACUUGUUAGAAUUGUCAUAUGGCCUUGCGAAAGCCAUUAGACGAAAGAGUGGCAAGAUGUAUCAUGUACUCUCAUCGUGCGAAGAUAGAGGAUCAGAUCUUACACCUGGACUCGGCUCCGGUUCUGCUUUGGAUUACAUGUAUCACCAUAGAGCCCACUGGGGCGUGCAAUUGAAGCUGCGAGACACUGGGAAUCACGGGUUUCUGUUACCUCCAAAAUUUAUCACUCCUGUAGGAAAGGAAACUUACGGCGCGCUCAAAUAUUUCUGCGAUUUUAUCUUAAAUCCAGAUCUUUAG